AUGAUCUUGAGUGAGGAUGAAAUUCAGAAUUUUGCAUUGGCAGAGAUUGAGAAAUUGUUGCAGAAUCUUGGCAAAACUUUGCGUGAUUUCCAUGGUUUGCCGUAUCCUGAUAAUCAAUAUCUUGAAUCAAGUGAAAAUAGACUCAUUACUGAUGAGUUGUGUUAUGAUCGUGAGGGUUUAGAGAGGGAAUAUUUGAAAUUUAUUUCCAAAUUCACUGAUGAACAACUUUUUGUGCAUGACACUAUAAUGUCGUCUGUGCAUUCUAAUGAUGGAGGAAUAUUUUUUGUUUAUGGCUAUGGAGGUACGGGGAAAACUUUCAUUUGGAGAUCAUUGUCUGCAGGGAUUCGUUCGAAGGGCGAUAUUGUUUUAAAUGUGGCGUCCAGUGGCAUAUCUUCUUUAUUAUUGCCUGGUGGUAGAACAACUCAUUCUCAGUUUAAAAUUCCCAUUAAUGUGAAUGAAGAUUCUAUGUGCAAUAUUAAACCAGGCGGUGCACUUGCUGAGUUGAUUGUGAGAGCUAAGCUUAUUAUAUGGGAUGAAGCUCCGAUGAUUCAUAAACAUUGCAUAGAAGCCGUGGAUAGAACUUUAAGAGAUAUUAUGCGUGUAUGCAAUGAGUUACAUAGUAACAAACCGUUUGGUGGUAAAACUGUUGUUUUUGGUGGUGACUUUAGACAGAUCUUGCCAGUUGUUCCUAAAGGCAGUCAUCAAGAUGUUGUGAAUGCUACCAUUAACUCAUCUUAUCUUUGGAAGAGUGGCACAGAAUUUUCCUCUUGGGUUGCUUCUAUUGGCGAUGGUGUUAUUGGUGGUCCAAAUGAUGGUGAAGUGGCUAUUCAAGUUCCUAUUGACAUUGUUUUGUCAAAUUCUGGUGAUCCUCUUAGAACCAUUGUUUCAAACGUCUAUCCUUCUUACAUGAAUCCUGGAGAAUUGAUUAGUUGUUUGCAUGGUCGUGCUAUACUUGCUCCUACUUUAGAGGUAGUUGACGAGGUUAACCAAUUCAUGAUUUCUUUGGAUCAGUCUCAAGGUCGAGUUUACUUUAGUUCUGAUAGUAUUUCAAACUCUGAUUCCACAUCAAAUGGUCUUGCUGAGAUACAUUUUGUUGAGUUUUUGAAUAAUUUGAAGUGUUCUGGUACACCUAAGCAUGAAUUGUUGUUGAAAGUUGGUACUCCUGUGAUGUUGUUGAGGAACAUAGACCUGUCAAACGGGUUGUGUAAUGGCACAAGAUUGAUAAUUACACGAUUAGGUGAUUAUGUGUUAGAGGGACAGUUCCAAAGAAGACAAUUUCUUUUGGUUGUGUCGUAUGCAAUGACCAUUAACAAGAGUCAGGGUCAAUCACUCUCUCAUGUAAAAUCUGUUCUCAAUCAUGGACAAUUGUAUGUUGCUAUAUCAAGAGUCACAAGCCGUGAAGGUUUGAAGAUUUUGGUGUGUAAAGAUGAAGAAGAUGAAGGCAAUGAUGAUUCUACUGUUAACAUUGUUUAUAAAUAA